AUGAAAUUAGCAUUUUCGCAAAUAUUGGAUCGUUUAUAUCCUGAUAUUAUUCAGUACAAACAAGAAAUUGCAUCACAAUCAUUGAUAGAAGACAAUGAUAUUCCGUUUAAUACGUUAUAUCAGAAUAUGAUUAGUCAAUUUACCACUGAGAAAAACUUUGUCAGUCUUAUUCUUCAUAUUGAUGAUGUUUCUCUUUGUAAAUCUUCAAAAUUAAUACUAUGGCUUCUUAGUGGUGCGUUUGUAGAAUUACCACCACAUCUAAGAUAUCGACGUUCUAAUAUGAUAUUAUUAUCAAUCUGGAUCGGCUAUCAAGAACCGAUACCUAAAGCAUGA